GCAGAAAAGAGUAUUUUCGACUAACUACAUUUUAAAUUAUGCAGUUAUUUUGAUUGCAUCGUGUUAUAUUUGUAUAAAAGGUGACAUCCGUUUAUAUAGGUGCUCUUUAUAUUUACAUUUUUUAACUGUGAACGGUUAAAACAUGGACUUUGAAAUACCUCCUGGAUUAACUAACUUACUCGAGGACUUUACUGUCUCGGUACUGCGAGAAAAGCCAGAAGACUUGGUAGACUUUGCAGUAGAUUAUUUCGUGGAAAUGCAACGGUCUGGACAAUGUACUCGAAAACAGAUAUCAUUCCAGACCGAUGAGGUGAUGCGUGACGAGGAGCCUAUGCAAACGGCCUCCGAUGAAGACGACGAACCGAUGGAACCUCCACCUAUGAUGAACAGAUAUGCUCGACGAAAAUCAGUUGCUGCUGAGAAAUAUGACCCUGAAGCAGAGGAUGAUGAUGAUGAAAAGAUUGUUUACCCGAAGACAGAUGAGCAACGAUUUAGUCUGAAAAAAGCUAUAAAAGAUAUCCUGCUAUUCCGGGCAUUAGAUUCGGAACAACUGGAAGAGGUUAUGGAUGCUAUGUUUGACAUGAAAGUGAAACCAGAUGAUCACAUUAUUGACCAAGGUGACGAUGGUGACAACUUUUAUGUCAUUCAAAGCGGCACAUACGAUAUUUUUGUGAAAACGGACGUGGGUGACAAGUGUGUGGGCGGAUAUGCUGGUAGCGGCAGUUUUGGAGAACUGGCACUCAUGUACAAUAUGCCCCGGGCUGCAACCAUCGUUGCCACCUCCGAGGGCUCAUUAUGGGCCAUGAACCGCACAACAUUCCGACGAAUAUUAAUGAAGAGCGCCUUCAAGAAGAGGAAGAUGUAUGAAGCACUGCUAGAAGGUGUGCCAAUGCUGCAGACACUCGAGAAGUACGAGAGGAUGAACCUGGCUGAUGCCCUACAACCACUGUCAUUCGACGAGGACAUAGCCAUUAUAAAACAGGGUGACUCGGCUGAUGGCAUGUACUUCAUAGAGAGUGGCACCGUCUGUAUCAGUGUCAGGAACGAGGCCAACGAAGAUCAAGAGGUGACACGUCUAAGCAGAGGCCAAUACUUUGGUGAGCUAGCACUAGUCACCCAGAAACCUCGUGCAGCCACGGCCACCUCGGUGGAAGCCGUCAAACUUGCCUACCUGGAACGGCAGGCGUUUGAACGUCUGCUCGGACCCUGCAUGGACCUGAUGAAGCGAAACGUCAGCUUGUACGAAGACCAGCUCGUCAAGUUGUUCGGAUCGCAGACCAACAUCUCCGAGUCAUAGGAAGGCGGCCGAAGGAGCGCUCGCUUGUUUCCAACUUCCAUAUCUCUGUGCAGUGUCCGCGGGGGAGGAGGGGGGGUCGGAUUCCUGUUAUGCGUUGAGGCGGAUAGGGUCUCGUUUGCGUGGGAAAGAGGGGAUGUGUUUCUCGUAAUUUCUACACGUUUGCGCGAUAUUAAUAUGUUCAUAAGGGUGGGUUCGUAGGGGGUUGGGUGGAGGUGUGAGGUGCUGAAUUCAUGCGAAAACACAAUGGGAGAUAUCUGCUAUGAAGCGAGAUUUCUAGUGCGGGGCUAUCGGGGAAAAGAAGUUGGCCACAUUUCUCGAACAAAAGGCCAACUAUGGUAGCUCGAUGUUAUUUUGCAACUUCCAAACAGUGAUUAAUGUUCUUCUGGUUUCUUUGAUGGCUUCCACGUACAAUCUGGCGAUUCUAAGAAAGUUAUAACGAACGCAAAGUGGAGAUGUGUUUAUUUAUUUUUUUGGUAAACAGUUUUAGCAUUUAUAGCAUGCUUAUUUAGCCUGUGAACGUUUACAUUAGAAAGUUAUAGGACAUCUUCGAGGACACAAUCAGACGAUGCAGAUCUCGUAGUAAUUUUUUCUGCAGGUGGUCUGGGCUGUCUACCUAGCCAGUACCUACUACCAGUAUUAUUCAAAGCAGAGAGGUAAACACAGGUUUUGGAAGCCAUGGCCUGUGCACUGAGACUCGAGCAAUCGCGCGAAUGCGUUGCUGCAUUUUCUUGCCAUAUUGCCCCGUGAUUUAAACCGCUCGCGUGAAAUGCGGGUGCACUUUAACAUUGCCACAUAUGAUCUCUAAUUGUAUAUAGGUGUUUGUGCGGAGUUUUAUCAAUUUGUAUUUAUUGUAGUUUAUUGUAGGUGUUUGUUAUUAACUCGUCGACUGCGUAGCGCAGGUGCCUUGUGAUUGUGCCGUCGGUCUCGUGGGUUUCGUAGUAAGCGUUGAUAGUGAUAUACUAAUUAGCUGAUUGCAUGCAUUGUUUGUAGUUUGAGGACGCAUUCAUGUGUUCUAUGAUGACAUUAGCUCGUUUAGCGAUAUUUCGGCUGUGCUAAGUUUGUUUUCUUUCUUCGUUUGUGUGUGAUUCUGCGUGUUUAACAGACGGUAAACUAUAGUCGUUGGCUACCUCUGUAUCAGUCACUUGCCUUAACUCGGGAUGCUAUAUAUACAUAUGUAUAUAUAUAUAUAUAUAGGGCCUAACGCGAUGCUGCUGCCGUUGUGUGAUGCU